AUGGCACCACCAUGGCAAUCUGGACCUGGGCCCUGUCCACGGCAGUCGUUCUUAUUGGCAUUUGUGCGCCUGGCCAAGGGAACCCCGACGCUGCAUCCAACCGUUUGCGGCGCAUCAAGAAGGAAAGAAAAUUACGGUGCCUGGCCAAAGCUUCCUUCCCCAAGCACGCUCUGGGAUGGCCCUGGGCUUCCUGGUCUCUCUGAUGCAGAUGAUGUUGGUGGAUUUGAGGCGGGGCCGAUGAUGGGGACCCCAGUGCCGUUGCGCCGUGGGAUGAACGGCCAGAAAGUUUUGGCCCAUUGCCAAGAUUGGCUAUCGGCACUGGACAUAUUGCCUUGCCAUUUCGAUGGAGGAGCCGCCUCUUCAGAUUUUGCUGCUUUGAAGCCCUUUGACUGGCCCAAACUGCCCAUCUUUCCUAUGCUAUCCAUCGACGGCCCGCCACAAGUAAGAGAGGCAACCGCUGGAGAGGGGAAAUGA